AUGAAAAUAAACAGAUUUUCCAGUCUUAUUGGCAUACAACACAUGGUUUUCUUUGAAGUCAGCAUUGGGAUCAUAGCUAACAUGAUCCUGCUUCUGUUUCAUGUCCUCACAUUCCUUCUGGAGCACAGGCCCAAGCCUACUGAUCUGACCAUUGGUCACUUGGCCCUUAUCCACAUAGUGAUGCUCACAACUGUGAGUUUCAUAGCUGUAGACACUUUUGGGUAUCAGGAUUUGGGGAAUGACAUCAAAUGUACUUCUGUUAUCUAUUUGAAUAGGUUGAUGCAGGACCUCUCCAUUGGUACCACCUGCCUGCUGAGUUUCAUCCAGGCCAUCACCCUCAACCCCAGAAGCUCCUGUUUGGCAAAGUUCAAACAGAAGUCCCUGCAUCAGAACCUGUGUUGCUAUCUCUUUUUAUGGGUUUUCAAUAUGAUCAUUAAUGGUCGGAUCUUAAUCUCCACUGUUGCCAUACCCAAUGUGACCUCACACAGUUUUAUGUUUCUCACUACAUCCUGCCCCUUUUUGCCCAUUAGUUCUUUCAUCAAGUAUACAUUUUUCUCACUAAUGACUUUCCAGUACAUGUUGUUUAUAGGGUUCAUGGCACUCUCAAGUGGGUACAUGGUGAUUCUCUUGUGCAAGCAUAAAAGGCAGUCCCAGCAUCUUCAUAGCACCAGCCUGUCUCCAAGAGCAUCCGCAGAACAAAGAGCCACACGGACUAUUUUGUUGCUCAUGAGUUUCUUUAUUGUUAUUUACAGUUUGGACUGUAUUAUUUGCUCCACCUCUUCAGUCCUAUGGAACACUAACCCAGUUCAUCAUUGUGUCCUGAUGCUGCUUGGUAAUGGCUAUGCCACAAUCAGUCCUUCGGUGCUCAUCAGUAGUGAAAGACGAAUGCUCAAGUGCUUCAUGUUCCUGUGGGGGAAAGACAGUGAAUGA